AGUCUCGAACGUCAAAUCGCUUGCACCACUCGACGCAGAAACUCUGUAAAGCUGACCGACAGCAUACACAAUAUAUAGCGAUACAAUGUUCAAGGAGAUUAUUAUAUUGGCAACGCUUUUGGCGGUCGUGGCCCUGGCUAUGCAUCCGGAUGCAUCGAUGGAAAACCAACACCAUCGUCAGCUGGCCCACCAUACUCGCAACGGGCAUCUGAAGACAGUUAAACAUCAUUCACACGAUCAGGAGCACAUCCAACAUGGCAAGCUCGCAGUUCCUGCGAUCACUUCACACGUCCACAAGCAGCACACCCAAUCCGCGUCACACAAGAAGCCGGGACAGAGUAAGGCAACCAAGUCAGUGCAGGGCCAAAAGAAGCAUCGACACCUGCAUGCUCCCAGCAAUCAACGAUCGAAGAACCGCAACCAGUCGCAUGAUGGCACCCACCACCAGAAGCGCCACUCGGGAUCGCGUCGCCAUUUUUAGCCAGUAAAUUCUUUGUACAUAAGAUGUAUCCAUAGGCCCCAAUAAAGCUGGAGAAGCAGUAGUUGAAUUCA